AUGUCCCUCGACUUGUCUCAAUUCCCACCCAACAGCCGCUACGGGAACUUUAGCAACGAUUACACUGGUCACAUGUGCUACUGUCCCAUGCACCUUGACCUCUCGGCACCCAAAAGCUCGGUGGGUGAAUGGGUCGGGUCGGGAAAACCCCUUUUCCCUGGAGACCCCGUUCAGCUCGUGACGUUUGAGGACGGGAAAUCUACUUUUCUUUGCGGAGGAUGCGCCGUGUCUGCCGUUGGGUGCUCCACGGGAGAUCCCGACGAGAACGAGUCGGCCUUAGGAACAGUCACGCGCAAUACCAUGGAGACCGCCGGUAUUUAUGAAGACUACAAGAACACCUUUUAA